GUCUGCUCCAGCUGCGCUCUGAUGUCCGAAGGCUUGUGAACUCGGAGAGAGACAGUAAAAAGAUUGGGAACUUGAAUUUGUGACAUCCGCGAGAGUCUACAAUUAUAUUCAAUAUUCUUCAAUACUCUGCAACCAGGGAAUUUGUCCUGCCCAAUACGCGCAACAUACAGUACCCGUAUGCGAAGACGUACCAGAAUCAGAGUUUAAGGAUUGAAAGGAUUCCAAGGAAGAAAAGCGGCGUUUGCUAACGAAAAUGACGGACUUUACCUUCGCCAUUCGACUGAUGUUGGUGUCUCUGGUGUAUUUAAAUACAUCUGCCAACAAAUUGAAUGUCCCGCGCCUGCGACUCUCCUACAGAGAGCUCCUCUCCUCCAACCGCUCCUGGCUCUUCUCCGGCCUGCACUCUGAGCUGCAGCUGACCAGCGUGUUGGGAUCUAGGAAUUACCACGACCGGCUCUUCCUGGGGGCAAGAGACACACUUCCUUACUCUCAUACGGAGAGGAUCAACUGGCCCCCAUUGCCUGGGAACAGAGAGGAGUGUGUGUCCAACGGCAAAGACUUAGAGGUAAGUAAAUGAGUAAAUUACCUCUUGCUGCUGCAGCCCUUUAACUGGACAUUAUCUGCCAUUCGCGGCAGAGCUCUUAAACCUGUGUGUGCCCACAUCAAUGUUGGUCACCGUGGAGAGCACGCGUUCUCUCUGGUGCAUUCCUCAGUGGAGAAUGGCAGGAGGCCCUCCUUGGGCUUCUGCCUUGCCAGCACCUUCACUGGUGGAGAGUUGUACACAGGCCUGACGGCUGAUUUUCUGGGCAGGGACUCAGUGAUCCUGCGGAGCAUGGGCUCCCGCUCUCCCAUGAGGACAGAGACCGACCAGCCGUUACUGCACGAGCCCAAGUUUAUAGCUGCUCACCGUAUCCCUGACAGUGAGGAUCCUGAUGACGAUAAGGUCUACUUCUUCUUCAGUGAACGGGCCGACACAGGCAGCCACGACGGGGCCAUACACACCCGCGUGGGAAGAGUGUGUGUGAAUGAUGCUGGAGGCCAGAGGGUGUUGGUGAACAAAUGGAGCUCUUUCAUCAAAGCCAGACUGGUGUGUUCAGUGCCCGGCCCCCAUGGCAUUGACACACACUUCGACCAACUGGAGGACGUGUUCGUGCUCCGCACUAAAGAUGAGAAAAACCCAGAGAUCUACGCCAUAUUCAGCUCCAUCAGGCUCCUGUGGCACGGCGCCCAGCCACACCAGCUGCAGCUGCAAUCUGCCUGCCAGGCCCUGUGGCACGGGCGUGACAAUUCAGCUUUCACACCCAGCUUAGCUGCAUCUGCUCUGCCAGGCUCCUGGCUCACACCCAGCCGCAGCGUAAUCUGCCUGCCAGGCCUCUGCAGGUACGGCGGGUUACUUCACUCACACCGCGCCACCGGACGGCCGGGCGAGGAGGGAGAGAAAUGGUGUGCUCUGAGUGUGUGUGCUGAGGUGUUCCCCACAGCAAUGUGUCUAGGAGUUAUAUGUGUGUUCGGCAUGGCUGAUAUCCGUGAGGUUCAACGACCUUCGCCAUAAGACGGACCCACCCACCAAUGGGGUCCAUAUGAGGGUCGAGUCCCCUACCCCAGACCUGGAGUGUGUCCCAGUAAGCUGACGGCUCAGCCUGGUCUGGGUCACUGCAGCACCCUGGACUUCCCGGAUGCGUGCUGUAGUGCCUGCCCGCCGCCACCCGCCUCAUGUGGGCGGAGUGUGCACCCGUGUCGCCAUUCGUGUUGCCGCGCACACACUCCUCAUCGCUCACACAUCACCGUGGACCGCACGCAGGCUGACGACGGACCCUACGACGUCAUGUUCAUUGGCACAGAUGUUGGCACGGUGCUAAAGGUCCUUGCCCUGCGUAGCGGAAAUGCCCUGAUGCCAGAGGAAAUCACUCUAGAGGAGCUGCAGGUCUUUAAGGUGCCAACUCCCAUCACCUCCAUGGACAUCUCAGUGAAGAGGCAAGCUCUGUUUGUGGGCUCCGGUGCAGGUGUGGCUCAGGUGCGCCUGCACAGGUGUGACCUGUACGGGGGUGUGUGUGCGGAGUGCUGCCUGGCGCGCGACCCCUACUGCGCCUGGGGCAGCCGCGCCUCACGUCAGGUUGCUAGCCACAAGCGCCGCUUCCGCAGGCAGGACAUCAGGCACGCCAACCCAGCCCAGCAGUGCAUGGACCAGAACCUCAGUGAGGAGCUGGACAUGGUGGACAGCAGGGUAGUGUAUGGCACAGAGAACAACAGCACCUUCCUGGAGUGUGUACCUCGCUCCCCGCAGGCCACCACCAGCUGGCACCACCAGGCGGGGCGAGCCCUGCGAGAAAGCGGUCUGCUAUUCCGGCAGGUAGCAGCUGUUUACGAUGCGGGCGUGUACGUGUGCCGCUCGCGGGAGCGCGGCUUCUCCCAGGUCAUCUCCCGCGUCUGGCUGGACAUCCUGCGGGCGGACACCCUCUCUGACCUCACGUCCCGCGACGCCAAGCACCGGCCCUGGCUCCCCUGCCCCGCCCACACGGGCCCGGCCAAUCGCGGGCCCUCGCCGCGCUCCUGGUUCAAGGAGGUGCUGCAGCUGAUUGGCCCGCAGGGUCUCCCGGAGGUGGAGCAGUACUGCGAGAGGGUGUGGUGCAGCGACAAGCUCCGCCUCCGCCGCAAGCACAAGACCAUGAUGGAGAAGUACAAGCAGGCACAGGAGUCGGCCACAUGGGAAUCCCGCAACCCGCACUCUGUCUCUGUGAGUCCACGUCUCAGCUCAGUGGACAUGAGGUCCACAGUGCGGAGGUCGUCCGCUGAGAGGGCCGUGUGA